AUGGCGAAAUCAUUCAGUGAUACUCCAGAUGAUUGUGAUCCCCUUAUCGGGUUUGAAAAAGAGGCAGCAGUUACCAAGAGUCAACAAGAUCCAUUGUUUGAUAUGGAAGAUUGUGAAUUUAUGGAUUUGUUUUCUUCUAUUUAUGGCUCUUGUCAAGAGAAUACCAUGGAGGAGAAAUCUGAAUUGUUCCAAAAUCAACAACCAGAUAAUUGUAAGCAGAAUGACCACAUGAUCAUGCCCUUUGAAGUUCAAUCACAAGUUUCUGAACUUGGCAAAUCCCUUAAGGAUAAGGCAUUAUCAUUUUCCUCAGCAGCAGUAGAGCUUGAGUCCCAUUACGAAAGGGGUCUCAAAAAAACAAAUGAAGAGACUUUCAAUAAUUUGAGAAGUGAGAAUAAUGUAGUUGGCCAGAAAUUAACAAUGGAGGAAAUUCUUAGGGUGGCUGGAGAAAGGUUUAUCCAAUUUUCCAUCAACAAAGAAGAUGGUAUUUCCACGUUUAUCCACCCUUACGGCUCUUCUCUCUUAGGCCUUUCCAUAGACGAAGCAAGGGAUGUAGAACUUGUAUAUCUUCUCCUUAUAGCUAUAGAAAAUGUGGGCUGUCAACAUUUUGACUUUGCAAGUAAAAUGAUUACUCGUUGCCUCUUGAUGGCGUCUGAUUCAGGCACUCCAAUCCAGCGCAUUGCCUAUUAUUUUGCAAUAGCUAUUCGAGAGAGAAUGCAUAGAGAAACUGGGAGAAUCAUGACUGAGAAAACAAAGCAACCAAUGAACCCUGUAAAGAGCCAUGCUUUGGAAACGAACAUAACAUUCUUGGCAUCCCACAAAGAACUGCCCUUCACGCAAGUGAUGCAAUUUGCUGUAAUACAAAGCAUAAUUGAAAAUGUGAGAACAGAUAGCAAGAUCCAUUUGAUUGAUCUUCAAAUAAGGAGUGGAAUUCAAUGGACAGCCCUGAUGCAAGGACUUUCAGAACAGCAUAAGCACCCGAUCAAGCAUCUUAAAAUAACUGCAGUUGGAACAACCGAUCAACAUUAUAUUGAAGGAACUGGCCAGAGACUGCUGAGCUUUGCCGAGUCCUUGAAUUUGCCUUUCUCAUUCAAGGCUGUAUAUGUUACAGACAUGAGAAACUUCAAGGAAGAUCUCUUAAAUGUUGAAGCUGGUGAAACUGUGGUUGUUUACUCCUUUUUGAUGUUGAGGUCAAUGGUAUCAAGACUCGAUUGCAUAGAAAAUGUAAUGGAAGCAAUAAGAAAGCUUAGGCCUGUCCUAAUGGUAGUAAUUGAAGUAGAGGCAAAUCACAAUUCCCCGUCAUUUGUGGAUCGCUUUGUUGAGGCACUCUUGUUUUAUAGUGCUUAUUUUGAUUGCUUGGAAGAUUGCUUCGAGCGAAGCAGUCAGUACAGAAUGACUCUUGAAGGGAUUUAUUUCAAUCAAGGGAUUCUGAACACAGUUGCAACCGAGGGUCAGGAAAGAACCACUCGAAAUGUAAAAAUUGAUGUGUGGAGGGCAUUUUUUGAAAGAUUUAGAAUGAUAGAAAUUGAACUCAGCGAGUCAUCUUGGUAUCAAGCUAAUUUAGUUCUCAGCCGGUUUGUAUAUGGAAGCUCCUGCACACUUGAACAUAAUGGGAAGGGAAUGAUUGUUGGAUGGAAAGGAACACCAAUCCAUUCCCUAACCUCUUGGAAAUUCGCAUAG